UGCACUCUUUCUCUCACAAAACAACUCUCUCGAUCAAAAUAAUAUUACUACCCUCACCAAAUUAAUUAGUCGACCAUUAUUUACCACCACCCAAAUUCCUGAACGAUAACAUGACUGCCACAGCUGAUCAAUGCAUGCAUGAGUUUUAUCAACAACCUCUCAUGGAUGGCAUGGCUAUGGAUCCAUCCAUAGAAGGACUCAUGGAUGCAUCCAUGUCAUCAUCAUCAGAGGGCAUGAUCAUGUUGAGCCCAAGCAAUUCACACAACAACACAACAAUUGGCCACCACAAUUUAACUCCAAAGGGUUGUGCAUUCAAACAAAUCCGAAGGAGAUCUAGAGCUUCUAAGAGCACUCCAAUUACCCUUCUCAAGGCCAACACCUCCAAUUUCAGGGCAUUGGUACAACAAUUCACUGGGUGUCCCACCACAACAGCCAUGUCACUUGCAAUCCAUAAGGGUCCCGUUACCUUAAAUUUCCAACAAGGUGGUAGCAAACAACAUAUUCAUCAUCAUCACCACACAAAAAUAACAACUAGAGGAGCAAUGCCACCGUUUAUUGGCACCGUAAGUUCUAACCAAAACCAAGUUUCUGUGCCACUUCCAAAGCAACACUUGAUGCAAGAGCAGCAAAGUGGAUACUUUCUUCCAACUUCGUCGGGUAACUCUUAUAGGCCAAUUAAUUGCAUGGAUGAUGGAUUGAUCUUUGAUAAUGAUUUUAGUUUACAUGAGCUAACCGUGAAUGCCAUCUCCAAUGAUAUCGAUGAUUUAUUUAUGUGAUCAAAAUGUCGAUGAAAUGAUUCAAUUAUGUAAUAUAUAGCAAUAUCUUAGGAAAUCAUAUGCAUAAUAGAAUAGCUCCUCUUCAGUCAACAGUUGCAUAUGCAUGCAAUCAUAAAAGCAAUAAUUCAUGUUUGCCAGCCUGUAAUAUACGUUUUAAUUUAUUGUCUCGAUUCAAUUUCUUUAGUUUUUGUGGCUUUUUCAA